AUUCCACAGAGGAGGGAGCCAGCACUAGUCACAUUUUAAAGUGACUCUAACCAGUGCCAUUUUUUCGUAUUGUCAUUGAAAAAACCUUCAUUGUCUUAACAUUGCAGGAUAUUUUAACACUCUGCAGUUCAGUUUCUGAGAGCUUUUCUGAUAGACCUUCCACCUCAAGCAAAAGAAAUAUCGAUUCCUGCAUUUCUGAAGAUCUCCAGAUUUGAACUGUGGUGGAAGACUUUUCAGUGGGGCUCAUCCAUAACUUGAGACAUGACGAACAAAUACAAGAAAAUCAUUCUGCUGAAAGGAUUAGAGAAAAUCGAUGAAUAUCAUUUUAGUAUGAUUAAGUCUUUACUGGCUCAUGAUUUAGAACUGACUAGAGAAAUGCAAGAUAACUACGACAGAGUUAAGAUUGCUGAUCUAAUGGAACUAAAGUUCCCAGGCAUUACUUGUGUCAACAUACUAGAAGAAUUGUUAAGCGACAUGAUAAAAUAUAAAGAUAUUGUAAAAGAAUUUAGAAAGGAAAAGCUAAAAGUCGCAAGGGAAAUUGGAGCAGAAAUGUCACCUUCAGCAAAAAAGAGAAAACAGGAGGAAACAUGUUCUGAUAUGCAUGGACCUACCACACAUAUUAAUCUGCCAUCUGAAGGAGCAAAGGAGAGUCCUGUGGCUCAGAAAAGAAAAACCUCAACCCAAGGAGAAAGUGGAACAAAAAGGAAAAAGGUGUCUCAGAAGCAGACUCAGUCUGUCUCCCCCUCAGGAAGCAACACAUCCACAACUGCGGGCUUUCCUCCACUUCCCCAGACCUCACCAUCAGCUUCAUCCUCCACUCACCUACCCAAGAACCAGAAAAGCCAGGUCCAACAUAAGGGAGCUGCCAGGAGAAGUUCUCUUCAAAAGGGCCCAAUAACAGUGAUGGUACUAAAAGCAACAGAGCCAUUUGAAUACGAGUCUCCAGAAGAGGGGAAGAGCACAAUGUUUCAUGCUACAGUGGUUACUGCAAGGCAGUUUUUCCAAGUGAAGGUUUUUAACACCAACCUAAAAGAGAAAUUCACAAAGCAGAAGUUCAUUACCAUAUCAGAUUACUCUGAAUGCAAAGGAAACCUGGAGAUAAACAAAGCAUCAUCUGUAUCGGAAGCUGGUCCUGAUCAAAAGUUUGAAGUGCCAAAGCACAUCAUCAAAAGAGCAAAUCGAACUCCCAAGAUCGAUAGUCUUCACAAGCAGGCCCCAGGAACAAUCGUGUAUGGCUUGUUUGUGUUACAUCAGAAACAAGUAAAUAAGAAGAACACAAUCUAUGAAAUACAGGAUAAUACAGGAAAGAUGGAUGUCCUGGGGAAUGGAAAAUGGCACAAUAUCGAGUGUGAGGAAGGAGAUAAACUUCGACUCUUCUGCUUUCAACUGAGAACAGUUAAGAAGCUGAAACUCACAUGUGAACUUCACAGCUUCAUCCAGAAACCAAGAUUGAAGGUGGUGCCGAAAGAAGCUUCCAAAGAGGAUGGUUUCCACAGUGGCCCCAAGGAAGUGAUGGUGUUGAAAGCCAUGGAACCAUUUACGUAUGAUGUCAGAGAUGGCGAGAGAAAGAUGUUUCAUGCCACAGUGGCUACUGAGAACCAGUUCUUCCAAGUGAAGGUUUUUCAUGUCGCCCUGAAGGAGAAGUUCAUCCCAAAGAAAAUCAUUGCCAUAUCAGAUUAUUAUGGCCGCAAUGGGUUCCUGGAGUUGUACAGUGCCUCAUCUGUGUCUGAGGUUAACACUGACCGAAAGAUGGAGAUCUCUAAAAGCUUGAUUCAAAAGGCAAACGCAACUCCUAAAAUCAGUGAUCUUUACUUGCAAACUCUAGGAACAUUUGUGAGUGGGGUGUUUCUGGUGCAUAAAAAAUUGGUGUGUAAUGAAUGCCUAUAUUAUGAAAUACAAGAUAAAACAGGAGUGAUGGAAGUCCUGGUUUACGGAAGACUGACCAAUGUCUACUGUGAAGAAGGUGAUAAACUUAGACUCACUUGCUUUGAAUUGGCAUUAAGUGGAGAGAAGAGGCAGCUGAGAUCUGUAAUUCACAGUUUCAUCAAGGUCAUCAAGGCCAGGUAAAGCAGGAAACCACCACUCCAUCCUGAUUCAUAUAUGGAAGCCUCACUAGAGCUACUCUUCUAAAAACCUGGAUGUCAUUAAUAUUGAUGUUUGUGGAGCUAAGAUCUAAGUACAAGAAAAAAUAUACAUACACAUAUGGUUGAAAUAGAGCAAUAUAUAUACUCACUCUUAAUUUUUAGGAAUGGAUGUUGAGAUUAUUUCAUUUUCAUUUUUAUAUUUUUCUGUACCAUUUCGAUGCAAUAGUUUGCAUCUACGAAUU